AACCUACACCGCUAGCAAUUCGAGAUGCCGCGUACACUGAUGGCAGUGACGUUGAUAUUGACGAUCUAGGUAUCAGGCUUGGCCGAAUGCGAUUAGGAGAGAGGACUGGUGGCAUGUACCGCCCCCGCAUUGUAGAUGAGCAUCAGACAGAAACAGAACCUCAACUUGCGACGCCUUCAUUGCCUGCUUCUUCACCGGAUAUGUACUUGAAGCCUGGGCCGUCCUUCACAGCACCCUCAACUGGCCUGCUUUUGGGGUCAGUCCCACCUCAUGAACCUCUUGAAAGAUUCAUUCUGCCUCGACGUAUUAUAGAAACAUUGCUCAAUUGGUACUGGAUUGCUGUUCAUCCGGUUGCUCGUGUCCUGAAUAGACCUGAGUUUGAGGAACGAUAUAAAACCCUCUGGAAUUUUAUAGACCAUGGCCAUGAAGUUCCUCCAUCCUUGGCAGCGAUAGUGUGUGCUAUCCUCUCCUCCGCAGUUGUUAGCAUGUCCAAUACAGAUGUUCAGGACAGCUGCUAUACUUCACGGCAAGAGCUGAAGAGUCACCUUCAGCUAGGCACAAACGCUGCUCUUAGCAAGGCGCAGCUGUUGAAGUCAUCAAGAGUAGAAACUCUGCAGGCGUUUGUGGCCUACUCUCACUCUUCCAUUCAAGCACUGGAGAUGCUAACUGUACCAUAA